CAAAAUGAUUCAUAAAACUUUUACUUUGUACAAAAUGGUUACUUUAUCGAACUUAUAAGUUUUUCUUCCGCAGAAGCCAGAGAUUCGCUUGCGUGCGACAGACGCUGUGUUUCCGGAAAUUUCUUCUCCUUCGUCGCCGCGUAGCAGCAGAGAACUACUGAAUCGGAGGAGGAAGAAGAAGAAUGGCUUGUACACACGAUCACAGCUGCGAAGAACACGAUUGCUCUUCUGAAUGGUCUCUCUACAAACACAUCGACCUACCCAAGGUUUCGGCUCUGAAUGAAGCAGUUCCAGGAAGUGUCAAGUCCGUUUUCAAAGCUUGGGAGCACCGUCUAGACUUCUCUGGGGAACUCUUGCGAAGCAACGAUGGUGAUACUGAACUACUUGUCUUUGUCCCGUUCACAUCGGAUGUUAAGAUCAAGAGCAUCUCAAUUGUUGGUGGACCAGAGAGAACAAGUCCUGCCAGGAUGAGAGCGUUUAUCAACCGAGAAGGAAUGGACUUCUCUGAUGCUCAGGACAUGCAAGCUGUGCAGGAGUGGGAGUUGGUUGAAAAUUUGCAAGGCGUACUAGAGUUCCAAACGAGGUAUGCCAAAUUCCAGGGAGUAUCAAGUAUCACAUUACACUUCCCGGGUAAUCUUGGUGGAACCACUACUCAGAUACACUACAUCGGGUUCAAAGGCGAAGCCACUAAGUUGAAGAGGGAUACUGUUGGAACAAUCGUAUAUGAACUCAGGCCAAAUCCAGCCGACCAUAAGACCAAGGCUGAAACUGGUGCUGGUCUUUCUCACGUGGGAUGAAGUAAUUGUGAACAUGCUUUUACUAAUAGCCGACGAGUAAUUGCUAUCAACCUUCUUAAGCCGACGAUCAGAACUUGUUCGUAUGUGCCCGGGAUCGUCCUUGUUUGGUCCCGUGGCGUCUUUGCUCUUGUUAUCGUCGACUCGUAGUUGUACUUACUGGAAACUAUGUCUAGUUGAGUGAGAUGUUUACAAUAACAGAUAAGGACCACAGAGAGCAAACCUCAUUAGGUUUAUCAAGCAUUAUGGUAUUUGUGUUCAUGAGUUCAUCCCCAUUCUAGGAUGGCAAUUUCGACCUGACCCGUUUUACCCGACCUGUUUU